AUGGCUGCGCUGCUGCUGGCCGCCCUCCUCGCCCUCCUCUGCCCCCCACCGGUGCAGCCGGCCGGGGUGCUGGAGCUGCGGGUGCUGUCAGCCCGGGGAGGUCCAGGGGGACCGUGUGGGGGUCCCCCUUCCUGUCGCCUCGUCUUUCGCCUCUGUCUGCGGCCCCCCGGGGGGGUCGGCUGCAGCCUGGGGGUCACCCACAGCCCCCCCGGACCCCCCCCUGCCCCGGGGGCCCCCCGCAUCCUCCGCCUGCCCUUUGCUUUUCCCUGGCCGGGCACUAUUUCCCUCGUCAUCGAGUCAUGGCGGCUGGAGGAGGCCAAAGGCUCUGGGGGGCCCCAGGACCGGCUCUUGGGGCGUGUGGUGGCCCGGCAGCACCUCUCCCCUGGGGGUCCCUGGCGGGGUGGGGCCGGGGGGGGUCUGCGCUUCGGCACCCGCCUGCGCUGCCGCCCCCCGGCCCGCGGCCCCCGCUGUGCUCCCCGCUGCCCCCCCUGCGCCCGCCGCUGCCCCCUCACCACCGCCUGUCGCCCCCCAAACCGCUGCUGGCCCCACUGCUGUGCCCACCGUGGGUGCCGGGAGGCCUGCGCCCCGCCUGGCACCGAUGGCAGUGCCUGCACCAACGGGGGCACCUGCAUGGGUCAUGGGAGCGAAUCCCCGGUGACGCGCUGUGACACCCCUGGCCCCGGACGGCCACCGGCAGCACCAGCAGCAGUGGAGGCCCCAGUAGCACCGGCAGCAGUGCCGGCAGCACCGGCUGUGGCCCUGGGAGCACCGGCAGCAGCACCAGCAGCACCGGCGGUGGCCCUGGAAGCGCCAGUGGUGGUACCGGUGGCAUCAGCAGCGGCCCCAGAAGCGCCAGCGGUGGCACCGGCAGCACCAGCAACGGCCCCUGAAGCACCAGUGUCGUCGGCAUUGCUGCCGGCCGCAGGGCAGUUGGCGAUACCGGAGCCUCUCCCGGAGGUGCCGCCAUCCCCGUGUGCCCUCGGUCCCUGCUUCAAUGGCGGCGCCUGUGCCCCCGCCCCGGCCCCCGGUGCCGGCUACACCUGCCGCUGCCCCCCCGGCUUCCGCGGCUCCAACUGCGAGCGCCGUGCCGACCGCUGCGCUGACCACCUCUGCCUGCACGGUGGCCAGUGCCGGGACUUGGGUCGCGGUGCCAUUUGCAAAUGCCGGCCGGGUUUUUCGGGGCGCCGGUGCGAACGCAACGCCGACGACUGUACCCCCAACCCCUGCGCCAACGGGGGCACCUGCCAGGACGGCGCCAACACCUUCACCUGCUCCUGCACCCUCGGCUAUGCCGGCGCCGAUUGCCGACGCCGCGCCGACGCCUGCGCCUCCGGCCCCUGCCUGAACGGUGCCACCUGCUACACCCACUUCUCCGGCCACGUCUGCGCCUGCCCCCCCGGGUUUAUGGGGUCCCGGUGCGAGGAGGAGGUUGGGGGGCCCCCCCCGGCCCCCCAGCGCCGCCCCCCCGCGCCCCUCGCCCUUGCCUGCGCCCUCCCCCUCGCCCUGCUGGGCCCCGGCGUGGGGCUGGCGCUGGCAGCGCGGCGGCGCCGGCGGCUGCCGGGGGAGAGCAGCCGCGUGGCGGAGACAGGGGGGGCCCCCGGCGCAAACCCCCCGGGGAGGGAGCGGCGGCUGCCGCGUGCCUCCGCCACCCGGGUGUGA